CGUUGGCUGCUCCUGAACCGUUUGGCUCUUUCUCCACUAGCAAACAGCCCCACAAUGUACCUCAAUCGCUCUUAAAUCUAUUUUUAAACGAUUUUAUUCCGCUCUACGCCGAUGCGAACGGGACCGGACUGUUGUUUGGGAAUUUAUCUGAAGACCUGCCGCCUCAAAGCAGCUUUAUAACGCUUUGUUUGAGCACUAUUUGACAAAAUAGUCGAGGAGGAGGAAAUUCCACACAAGCAGUGAAAGGCAGUCCUCGCGUUCAUCCGGGUAUAAAAGUCCAGGCUGUAGAGACUCCUCCACCCCUAAGGGUUCAUAUUGGAGAAAGACCAGAUCACAUGGUGCUGAGACACUUGGGUUGGAUUCUUAAAAAGCGUUUGCCUUGCGGAAAUAGAGCUGAUAGUGUGGCUAGUGUCCUGUGUGCUGACCUCAUGGUGUAAGCAAGUGUGAAGAUGAGUAUUAGCAGCGAUGAGGUCAACUUCCUGGUGUAUAGAUACCUGCAGGAGUCAGGGUUUUCCCACUCGGCCUUCACAUUCGGCAUUGAGAGCCACAUCAGCCAGUCGAACAUCAACGGCGCCCUGGUGCCCCCUGCUGCCCUGAUCUCCAUCAUUCAGAAGGGCCUGCAGUACGUGGAGGCUGAAGUCAGCAUCAAUGAGGACGGCACUCUGUUCGAUGGGCGGCCAAUCGAAUCUCUGUCAUUGAUUGACGCGGUGAUGCCCGAUGUGGUACAGACCCGGCAGCAGGCGUACAGAGACAAACUGGCCCAGCAGCAGGCCGCCGCAGCGCCAUCAGCAACCAGCGCUAACAUGCAGGGGAAUGCCAAAAACGGAGAAAACACCGCAAACGGAGAGGAGAACGGUGCUCACGCCUUACCUAAUAACCAUGCAGACAUGAUGGAGGUGGACGUGGAUGUGGAGAUCCCUCAGAAUAAAGCCAUGGUGCUCAGAGGUCACGAGUCAGAGGUCUUCAUCUGCGCAUGGAACCCCGUCAGUGACCUGCUCGCCUCUGGGUCAGGAGACUCGACGGCACGUAUCUGGAAUCUGAGUGAGAACAGCAGUAGUAGCUCCACACAGCUCGUCCUGAGGCACUGCAUACGGGAAGGUGGCCAAGACGUGCCCAGCAACAAAGACGUCACAUCGUUAGACUGGAACAGUGAAGGUACACUAUUAGCCACAGGCUCCUAUGACGGCUUUGCAAGAAUAUGGACUAAAGAUGGUAAUCUGGCCAGCACCCUGGGUCAACAUAAAGGUCCAAUAUUCGCAUUAAAGUGGAACAAAAAAGGAAACUUUAUCCUCAGUGCCGGUGUUGAUAAGACAACAAUCAUUUGGGACGCUCACACAGGGGAGGCCAAACAGCAGUUCCCGUUUCAUUCAGCACCCGCUCUAGAUGUGGAUUGGCAGAGUAACAACACGUUUGCCUCCUGUAGCACAGACAUGUGCAUUCAUGUGUGCAAACUGGGCCAGGACCGACCCAUAAAGACAUUUCAAGGACACACAAAUGAAGUUAAUGCAAUCAAAUGGGAUCCGACUGGUAACCUGUUGGCGUCGUGUUCUGAUGACAUGACUCUGAAGAUUUGGAGUAUGAAACAGGACACUUGUGUUCAUGAUUUGCAAGCUCACAGCAAAGAAAUCUAUACUAUCAAAUGGAGCCCCACAGGUCCAGGAACCAACAACCCCAAUGCCAAUCUAAUGCUGGCCAGUGCUUCCUUUGACUCCACUGUUCGGCUUUGGGAUGUAGAUCGAGGCAUCUGCAUUCACACACUAACCAAACACCAGGAGCCCGUGUACAGUGUGGCCUUCAGCCCUGACGGACGCCAUCUAGCCAGCGGCUCUUUCGACAAGUGUGUUCACAUCUGGAACACACAGACUGGUGCUUUAGUCCAUAGCUACAGAGGGACAGGGGGCAUUUUUGAAGUUUGCUGGAAUGCAGCAGGAGACAAAGUAGGAGCAAGUGCGUCGGACGGCUCUGUUUGUGUAUUAGAUCUGCGGAAAUAGCGCUGCUUGCUGGAAGCCAUGGACCGACUAUGAAUGUGUACAUAGCCAAAAUGACUGUCCCUGACCCUCAAACUGCUACAGUCCCUAGUGAACCAUGGCCAGCCACUACAGACAAACAAACACAAGCACCCUGACGCCACCGGCCGAGCGGAGAGGACGUGAUUCCAACCAGAGACAUUCAAAUGACUUUUGUAAGGUGGAGAGCAAGCGAGAGAGGAAAAAAACAAACAAUAUAACAGGAAUAAAGACAAGAGGACUGGUAUAUGUACCAAAUUUGGAAGAUAUUUUACUAUUUGUUCUUCAAAACCAAUCUCAUCAAAAUAAACGAACGAAAGGAUUUUAAUCUUUGUUGGUAGUUUCCGUUUCAGUGUGCAGACAUAUCAAGCAUUUUCUUUUCCUCCUCCCCCCCGCACCCUCUUUCUUUAUUUCUAUCGCACAUUUGAUUUGACGUCACGCCUGCAUGAUUCCAGGACUCAUGUUUUCCUCUGUUUGACACACGAGUACAGUUAUUUAGUCUUUUGGUACUGGAUGUUUUGUGAUUUUUCAACAGUGUGGGGACAUGAAAAAAAAGCUAUUUUCAAUCUUUUUCUUGUUCUUUGGUUUUAGUUUUUUUAUGCUAUGGUGUAUCUGUCAACUCCCUUCCUGCCCCCUGAAAAAGAGAGGUACAUAAACCAUGAAAACAGCACAUUACAGGAAAUGCAUCUUCACUCAUACUAGUGUAUUUAGUUGAUAGAUGUUUCCGCUACAUUGAACACAGUUAGUUCUUCUGGUUGAGAUGUGAGGUUUGAGAUAGCGAGGACUUUUGUCAUGCAUGCAGAUUCAAAACAAAGACUUGCAAUAUUUCAA